AUGGAUCGCGGAAUGCAAAAUUACUGGGACGCCAUUAAGAACGAGCAGCCAACGCCACAGUGCCUGCAGAGGGUGCAGCGAGACCUGGUGGAGUUCCACGCUGACCCUCCGCCGGGAGUGUUCGUCGUCCCGGAAGAGAGCGACAUGAGCGUGCUGCAUGCCAUCGUCGUGGGACCUUGGGGCACGCCCCUCGAAGGUGGCCUCUUCCGCCUGCAGUUGAAGUGCCCACCCGAUUACCCGAUGCGGCCUCCUCGUGUGCGUUUCCUGACUGGCGCUGGAAAAGUAUUCUUCAACUCGCACAUCUACGGUGAGCACAUCUGCCUCAGCCUACUAGACACGGCUCCUGAUGGACCGAGUUGGAGUGCCGCUCUCAGCAUCGGCAGCCUGCUCGUCUCCAUACAGUCCUUCCUGGCCGACGGUGCUAUGGAGAGCAUGCGCCACAACGCGAUUAGGGUGGCCGUAUGCGACACGCUCGAAGACUGUCUACGAGAAGCAUCCGAGUCUCCUAUGCCACCGGCUCUGACUCAGAAGGUGCUCAAGUACUUCGCCGAAAACUACGCAAAGUACGAGGACGCGGUACAGGCGCAGAUCAGUUCCUGGGGAGUACUCUCGUGGAUUAUGGGUGUGGCGUAUGGCAGUUACGAGCCGCUCCUGAAGCGACUUCGCGACAUCAAAAAGAGGAUCGACGAAAAGAACGUGACGGCCAACGGACUACAACAUAAGGAGUGA